AUACAUGCCUUGAGCAACCGGCGAGCUCAAUUGUUUAUGGUGUGUUGUGAUUAAAUUUCGCUUAUAAAGAUGUCGAGCAAAAAUCGAAAACGCACGGCCAGCAGCAGCAGUAGUAGCGCAGAAGAGCCGGACAGCGAGGAGGAGUCCCGUCUAAAGGAUCUGCGUGAGCGAGAUGAGUUCUCCAAGCGGCUCAAGGAGCGCGAUGAGGAACGAACACGCAAAGUGGUUGAGGCAACGGGCGGGCGCAAGGCGAUUGAGGAAGCAACCAAACGGCUUAAGCUCGAGCAUGAAGAUCGUGAUAAGAUUGUGCCCCAUCUGCGCGUCCAAUCACGUCGCCAAUAUCUGGAGAAACGCAAGGACGACAAAGUGGCCGAACUGGAAGCGGAUAUCCUAGAUGAUGAGUAUCUGUUUGAGGAUAGCGUGUUGACCAAACGCGAGCGGGAGGAGCGUCAGUACAAGAAACAGCUGUUGAGCAUUGCCCAGGAGCAUGAGAAGGCGCGGGAACUGGAGCGCGUACAGCGCUAUCAUAUGCCGCAGGAUCUAAAGAAAGGCGAACGAUCUGAGUAUGUCGAGGUGGAUGAGUUCGAGAAGCAGCCCAACUCGGAGCAAAAGAAAUGGGAGGCUGAGCAGCUGGCCUCGGCACGUUUCCAGUUUGGCGCCAAGGAUGCCAAGGCUGAGGAGGAGUAUGAACUGUUGCUGGAUGAUCAAAUUGACUUCAUUCAGGCCCUAACGCUCGAGGGGCAUCGCGAGAAAGCCACAAAGGAACCGGAACUAACAGAGAAGGAAAGGAAACGUCUGACGCUGGACGAGACACGGAGAUCAUUGCCGGUGUUUCCCUUCAAGGAGGAUCUCAUAGCAGCCGUUAAGGCGCACCAGGUGCUAAUCGUCGAAGGUGAGACCGGUUCAGGCAAGACAACACAGGUGCCGCAGUAUCUGGUCGAGGCCGGCUUCACAGACGACAAAAAGAUGAUUGGAUGCACGCAGCCGCGUCGCGUUGCCGCCAUGUCUGUGGCGGCUCGAGUCGCCGAGGAGAUGGGCGUCAAGCUGGGCAACGAGGUGGGCUACAGCAUACGCUUCGAGGACUGCACCUCGGAUCGCACCAUAUUGAAGUACAUGACAGAUGGUACGCUGCACCGUGAGUUCCUCUCCGAACCGGAUCUGGGCUCCUACAGUGUCAUGAUCAUCGAUGAGGCACACGAGCGCACCCUGCACACGGAUAUUCUGUUUGGACUGGUCAAGGACAUAGCACGCUUUCGGCCGGAGCUCAAACUGUUGAUAUCGAGCGCCACACUGGAUGCCGAGAAGUUCUCAGCCUUCUUUGAUGAUGCGCCCAUUUUUCGCAUACCCGGCCGACGAUAUCCGGUGGAUAUAUUCUAUACGAAAGCGCCGGAGGCGGACUAUAUUGAUGCGUGUUGUGUGUCGGUGCUGCAGAUUCAUGCCACACAGCCGCUUGGUGAUAUUUUGGUGUUUCUCACCGGCCAGGAUGAGAUCGAGACGUGCCAAGAGGUGCUGCAGGAUCGCGUCAAACGUUUGGGCUCCAAAAUACGCGAGCUCAUUGUCAUUCCUGUCUAUGCCAAUUUGCCCAGCGACAUGCAGGCGAAAAUCUUUGAGCCAACGCCGCCCAAUGCACGUAAGGUGAUUCUCGCCACGAAUAUUGCGGAAACAUCGCUGACCAUUGAUAACAUCAUCUAUGUCAUCGACCCGGGCUUUGCCAAGCAGAAUAACUUUAAUUCGCGCACCGGCAUGGAGUCGCUAAUGGUGGUCCCCAUCUCAAAGGCGUCCGCAAAUCAGCGUGCCGGGCGUGCUGGACGUACAGCGCCGGGUAAAUGUUUCCGCUUGUAUACUGCCUGGGCGUACAAACACGAGCUGGAGGAGAAUACAGUGCCGGAGAUCUGUCGCAUCAAUCUGGGCAAUGCUGUGCUCAUGCUCAAGGCAUUGGGCAUCAACGAUCUGAUACACUUUGACUUCCUAGAUCCGCCGCCACACGAGACGCUGGUGCUGGCACUCGAACAGCUUUAUGCUUUGGGUGCGCUCAAUCAUCAUGGUGAAUUGACAAAGCUGGGAAGACGCAUGGCCGAGUUUCCCGUGGACCCCAUGAUGGGCAAGAUGCUGCUAGCCAGCGAGAAAUACAAGUGCUCGGAGGAGAUGGUCACCAUAGCGGCCAUGUUAUCAGUUAAUAGCGCCAUCUUCUAUCGGCCCAAGGAUAAGAUUAUUCACGCGGAUACGGCACGCAAGAAUUUCAAUCAUCUGCACGGCGAUCAUCUGAGCCUGCUGCAGGUCUACAAUCAGUGGGCAGAGACGGAUUACAGCACCCAGUGGUGCUACGAGAACUUCAUACAGUAUCGUUCCAUGAAGCGGGCCCGGGACGUGCGGGAACAGCUUGUCGGUCUGAUGCAGCGCGUCGAAAUCGAUAUGGUUAGCUGCUUGCCAGAGACGAUCAAUGUACGCAAAGCCGCCACAGCCGGCUACUUUUAUCAUGUGGCGCGCCUUUCCAAAGGCGGCCACUACAAGACCAUCAAACACAAUCAAACUGUUAUGAUACAUCCCAACUCGUCGCUCUUUGAGGAGCUGCCCCGUUGGGUGCUCUACCAUGAGCUGGUGUUUACCUCCAAGGAGUAUAUGCGUCAGGUGAUUGAAAUCGAGAGCAAGUGGCUGCUAGAGGUUGCACCCCAUUACUACAAGGCCAAGGAACUGGAAGAUUCAACUAACAAAAAGAUGCCUAAGGGGGCAGGACGCGCAGAAAUGACACAAUAAAUGUUUUUAAUAACCUUA